AUGCGGAUCAGUGCGGCUUUUCGCACAGUUUCCACAGAGGCUAUUCUGGUGAAAACCGGCAUACCACCCGUCGAACUGGCAGCGAUGGAAGCCCGGACAGACUACAUGGAGAGGAAGGUCGCCAUCACGCAAGAAGACGACAGAGCAGCCAGGAGCAGAGCGAGGUCUAUAUGCCUGGAUAGAUGGCAGGUUCUGAGCGAACAUGGGUGCUUUAAGUCGUACCUACAUCGCUUUGGCCACGAGAAAGACGAACUAUGCACCAGCUGUGGUGUGGAAGAAAACGCUGAGCAUGUCCUCACCACAUGCGUCAGAUUUUCAGAAUCCCGCGGACGAGCAGAGGGCACUCUAGGGGUGCCUAUCACAGUAGAAGCCUGGUUCCAGCUAUACUGGACGGCGAUUUGCAGCCUUGCGACGGAGAUCGCGAAAGAGCUUAGACGUCUGGAAAGCAUCAGAAACGAGCAGCCGUAA